CCAGAGAACAAGAGAGCAAAAAGAGAGCUGCCAUAUGGAAUAGCAGCACAUGAUGUCAGUAGUGAAGUAUAAGAAUUAAGUGGAAAAUAUUAUUGUCCACCUCACUAGUAUGUAUGAUCUCAAACCUUGACUUGAUGUGUGUGGAUUGAAGAGAAAUGCAAAGGUGCAAAUGCUCCAAGAAUAAAUACUGAGACCAACUAUUCAUGGCCAAAAUACUUGGGAACUUGUUGACAGAGUAGCGCCGGUGACGAGGAAUAACCAUUCCUGACAGGAAUAACCAUGGGAUGUGGCGUCGCAAAGUCGAACAAGUUCCAUACAAAAAAGGGGGGAAAAGCCAUCACAUCGAUGAAGGCAGCUGUGUUGAUCCAGCGCUGGUACCGUCAGUAUGUGGCUCGUAUGGAGAUGAGACGCAGAUACACCUGGAACAUCUUCCAGUCUAUAGAAUACUCUGGGGAGCAGGCCCAGAUCAAACUUUACAAUUUCCUUGGCUACCUCAUGGACAACUUCAACCCAACUAGCACUGAACGCAACUUAAUCUCCCACAUAUUCAGAGAGAAUGAAGUGUGCCGCGAUACAGAGUGGGAGAGGCACUUCUGCUAUAAGAAUAUUGAGGUGCCAGAGAUAUACUCAGGUCCCCGUCUUAUCUUCCCUCUGACUGUGGAACAAGUGGCUGCCAUGGUAGAGGCUUUCAGGAAUAAAAGACAGCUCCACUCUCGGUACGUUCUCCAACUUCUCCUGGAAACAUGGAAGUUACUCCGAAAGCUGCCAAACAUCAGUCGAAUCUCCACCUGUCACAGCAAAGAAAUCACCGUUUGUGGUGAUUUACAUGGGCAGCUUGAAGACCUGCUGUUGAUAUUUUACAAGAAUGGCAUGCCAUCAUUGGAUCGGCCAUAUGUUUUCAAUGGAGACUUUGUUGAUCGAGGCAAAGAUUCCAUUGAGAUUCUCCUCAUCCUUUUUGCCUUCCUGCUCUUGUAUCCAAACGAUGUUCACCUCAACAGGGGAAAUCAUGAAGACCAUAUUGUCAACUUGAGGUAUGGCUUCACCAAGGAGGUGUUGGGGAAAUACAAGAUGCACGGCAAGAGGAUCCUAAAGCUGCUUCAGAAGAUCUUCAGCUGGUUGCCCCUGGCAACAGUCAUCGAUCAGAAAGUGUUGAUCCUGCAUGGGGGUAUCUCCAACACCACGGACCUCUGCCUCAUAGCCAGAGUGGACAGACACAAAUACGUGUCAGCCCUGAGGCCUCCUAAGAAGAGGACACAAUACCCAGUGAGUCAGUCCUCUGUGGACUUGGACAUGGAAGACGACCUGUCAGGCACCAAGAACAACCAGCGCCGGGUCUCCCUGAUCAAGGCCAACUCUUUCGGACCCCGGGAUGGCUUCCAGCGCCGCUCACUCCAGGACUUUUCCGGCAGGGUCCCGCGGACCGUUGACGAGGAGAUAGAGGUGCGGCGGAGGCAGUCCGGCUUCAUCAAGGGCGGCUUCAGCCACAGUCAGGGGGAACUCAAUAACCUGGCCGUCUCCUCAGCGUCGCAGGAAUCCACCGACACAGCAGACACUACCGUAGAGGAGUGGAAACAGAUUCUGGACCUACUGUGGAGUGACCCCAUGUCUCAGAGCGGCUGCAUACCCAACGAGGUGCGAGGAGGAGGCUGCUACUGGGGGCCAGACGUCACCCAGGACUUCCUGGACAGACACAACAUGCAGCUCAUCAUCCGCUCCCACGAGUGCAAGCAGGAUGGCUACGAGUUUUGCCACAACCGCAGGGUCCUCACACUGUUCUCUGCCUCCAACUACUAUGAAGUGGGUAGCAACAGAGGGGCCUACGUGAAAUUGGGACCAGACCUAGUGCCUUAUUUGAUUCAGUACCAGGCUAGCAGUAUGACUCGAGAACUCACCCUCAGGAAAAAUGUGGGGAAGGUGGAACAUUCAGCCCUCAAGGUCCUGCGGGAACAGCUGUUUGCACACAAGUCUGACCUCGUCAGUGCCUUCCAAGAGUUUGACAAAGACAAAACAGGGCAGGUGUCUCUGAAUGACUGGGCUACGGCGGUAGAGAGUGUGCUGCGCCUAGGCCUACCCUGGAGGAUGCUGCGCUUUCAGCUGGCCACCUGCAAGACCCCGGGGGGCAUGUUGGACUACCAGGAGUGGUUCCAGGAACUUUCCAUAAAAGAGCCACAAAUGGAGCACAUCGAUCAGGGUUUGCUGGAGACCCUGUACCGCCAUCGCGCCACCUUGGAGACCAUCUUCAGAAUAGUGGAUUUAGACAACUCAGGGUUCAUCACAAUGGAGGACUUCCGUCAGACGUGGAAGCUGCUGAGUGCCUUCUUAAAGAUGGAGAUCACUGACGAGGCUAUCUCGGACCUGUCCGUCACCAUAGACACCAACCAGGACGGCAACAUUGACAUCGAUGAGUUCAUGGAGGCCUUCCGGCUGACAGACAAGAAAAGCCGGCUGGAGAGGGGAAAGAGCAUGUUUAUGGGGACCACCACUGACCUGACCAAACUAGAGGGGGACCCCAAUAUAUGAGGGAUUAGUUGGACUGGAGGGGGAGCCCAAUAUAUGAGGGAUUAGUGGGACUGGAGGGGAAGCCCAACAAGUAUGUAGUAGUUUGAGUUUAAAAAAAAUUAAAAAACAGACACUAUCCACUCAAGACCAACAAACUACUACUAGUGGGAGAAGUUCCGUAUGGAGAGAGAGAAUGUAAGAGACUGCUUGUUUAUUACCUCAGGGGCUAUGGAGGUAGCGCACAAACAAACAAGCCAACAAGCUGCUUUGAUCACUGAGACUAUGGAGUGUUACAGCAGUGUCGAUUAGGCUAGAAGGUGGAUAGCAGACAAUCUCCUUGUGGUGAUUAGAGCGUAUGGCUGGAUUUUAUUUUCAUCAUAGGUUGAAGUCCAAGAAAACACCACAGAGUGAUGUAGUUUUGGAUUAAUUCAGUAUGUAUGCAGAUGCAGAGGCCAACAAUAAAUAUACACAACGUUGUCAUAGUUGAUGUCCUUCCAAGCGGAGUGACUUGCACAUAAUUUGAAAUGUUCAAAUAUGAAAAACAUAAUAUUUUUGCCAGAUUCAUGUAAAUAGAUCCGGACUGUUAUUGGUGCCUUAGUGAUAGAAUAGGGAAAGCAUUCCAUCAUUUUAGUGAAACUCUUAUUAAUGUACUGAUUGAAUCGUGUCAUUGCCAACCUGUCCACUGGAUGUGGUAGUAAGGUUAUAUAUCUCCAAGGGGACAUUGGUUCUUUCCAGUGGCGACCCGUCAUUCAGGGCAGGUGGGGCAGAGACCCACCUGUUUUGAGCCCCAACUGUUAAAUAUAUAUAUACAGUACCAGUCAAAGGUUUGGACACACCUACUCAUUCCAAG